ACGAGUAUAAAGACGUUUCCAAGCGUGAACUUGUCGCUGUGUGUGUGAGAUACAUCCAUGGAGGAAAAAUAAAAGAGCGCGCAGUCGGCUUUGUGGACACCAGCAAGGACAUGAGUGCGCAGGGGAUUUCAGCCAAGAUAUUAGAGAUCAUUGAACCACUGGGUCUUGACCCAUCUCUGUGUGUUGGAUUCAGCUUUGACGGGGCUUCAGUAAUGUCAGGCCAUAAAGGAGGUGUGCAGGUUAUUUUAAAAGAGACAUUUCCCCAUGCUGUCUAUGUGCACUGCAAUUCACACCGAUUAAAUUUGGUUCUCAGUGCAGUAACAAAAGCGUCUGGACAUGUUAGCACAUUCUUUGAAACAGUAAACAUUUUGCACGCGUUCAUGACAGGGUCAAGCAGACACACACACUUUAUAGAAAUGCAGAAAGAGAUGCACCCAGGACGGCCCUGCCUUGAACUUGAGCGUUCUGUGGAUACGCGCUGGAGCUCCAAAGCUGGAUCAGUAGACAAAAUACUGACAUUAUUUGAUGUAAUACUUGAAGUACUGGCUGAGUGUGCAGAAAGCAGUGGUCAAACAAAAGUCGAUGCCCAGUCCCUGCUCCAACAGAUACAAACAAAGAAGUUCCUAUUUCUGCUUGUAACAUUUGGUAAAUUAUUUGAAACAAGUUCUUUUGCCACACAGGGAUUACAAAGUCCAACCCUGUCAGUCACUGGAUGCAUUGACUUAAUCGAGGGACUGAAAGACAGUUUUGCAGAGUUUAGAGACAAGCCAGAAUGUGUUUUCCAACAAGUGAUGAAGCUAACUGAAGACCUUAUGCAGAAAUGUGAAAUCACAAGCUGGGAUAUCACAGUGGGGACCAGAAAGAGGAGCCUCCCUUCCAGGCUCACUGAUUCUGUGGUCUCGACGACUCUGGGAAAAGCAACAGCUGUGAGGAAUGAUGACGACCUGAGACACAUCUGGAAUGACAUACUUGACAGGCAGCUGACCGAGCUUGAUACCCGGUUCCAAGAGGACCAGUAUGGCAUCAUGAAAGCUGCAGCAGCUUUCCUACCACAGUCACAAACCUUUGGCGAGAAGGAAUCUCUGCACUCUGUAUGUAAUCACUACAACAUUUCAGUCAGGGAUGCAGAGUUGGCAGUAUUCUAUGAGCAACUGAAAAGGAAAGCCUUAAACGAAAACUUUCCUUCACUGAUGGAGGUACUGGACAUCCGUCCAGCAGACAUAUUCCCAAACCUGAACAGAGUCCUUCAAGUCAUCCUAACCCUUCCUAUAACCUCGUGCAGUGUAGAAAGACUUUUCUCAACUGUGGGCCACAUCAAGAAUUACCUUAGAUCAAAGAUGAACACUGACCGUCUCAACCACUUGUCCCUCUUGUCAUUUGAAAGGGAAAUUAGUGACUCUUUGGAUUAUGAUGAGAUCAUCACAAUUUUCAACCGCAAACCCAGGCGUUUGCGCCUUGUUUAACUCUUUAGGAGAACAGAGCAGAAGAGAACCAAGUAGAAUAGAACAGCAGAACGUGAAUAGGGCAGAAGAGUAGGGUAGAAUGGAAGAGCAGGACAUGAGCAGUGCAUAAGA